AGGAAAUCCACGUGUAAUGAUUCUAUUAGUUAAUGAUAAAAGCCCUAUGCUUUGGAGUGGGGCAUAGUCAUGGAGCUACCGGUGAAGUUGAACGGAGAUAAAAAUAUAAUCUUUUUGUCUGUCAAGAUCUUAAAUUGACAAUUUGAGAGAGCCUGAGAGUAGUUUUGUUGGGUACCCAGUUGAAGGAAGUGAGAAUCAGAAAAUGGGGGUUUCGAUGUUGGAUUCCUCAUGGAGUUUCCGAUUAUCCUCGAAGAUGUCUCCUUCACCAACACAAAAACUCGCUAGCUCUUUGACAGAAAGAGAUCCAAUUUCUCUGAAUUUGAGGUUUGAUCAUUCCAUUAGGGCAUAUUCAGCUCGAGCUCUAAAGUGCAGGUCUGUUAAGUCUGAGGAUUUUGUUGAGAGAAGUAGCCCAUUUGAGGUUAAGAAAGAGCUUGAGAUUUGCUUCGACCUCGUACAUAGGCUCGGGAGAGGCAUUGUGUACUUAGGUUCCGCCAGAAUCCCACCAAACCAUUCACAUUAUCUGCAAGCACAAGAGUUGAGCAGAGAAGCAGCAACUCUGUUGGACUGUACUACAUGGUCUGGUGCUGGACCAGGGCUUAUGGAUGCUGUGACUGAAGGUGCUUUGGAAGCUGAGAAACCGGUCGGUGGCAUCAAAAUAGAAAAAGAAGCCGGUGAAUGGACCGCAUCGAAGUUUCAUCCAUAUCUCCCUCCUCAGAAUUACCAUACUUGCAGGUUUUUCUCGGCGAGAAAGCAUGGAUUAGUAGAUGCUGUGAUUAGAAACAAUGUAUCUGAGAAGACGGCGAUAAUUGCACUUCCAGGUGGCAUUGGCACGCUCGAUGAGAUGUUUGAGAUUUUGGCAUUGAUUCAGCUCGAAAGGAUUGGAUCUGCAUUGCCGGUUCCAUUCAUUGUGAUGAAUUAUGAUGCUUUCUAUUCAAAGCUGCUUGAAUUCAUUGAGACUUGUGAAAACUUGGGAACUGUUUCUAAAGGAGAAGUUUCUGCACUGUGGAAGGUAUGCAACAACAACUUUGAAGCUUUGACAUACUUAGCUGAAUUCUAUGACUUGCCUGACGGUUCUGCAAAGCUGGAAACUGAACUUAGAAAAACCACUCCCACUCGUGGAUGAUGAGUUUCGUAAUUUUUAACUGUAAGAGAUCAUAUUUUUGACCAUGAGCAACCAAUUUGAAGCUACUCAUGUGGCACAUGUAGCAUAUAGAUUCGUGUGUUUGAUACAUACACCAAUCAGAUUUGUUGUUAUCACUUUCAAUCUUAUGUUUCUUCUCUUAGCUUCUCGUGUUAUCCUUCUACUUCACUGAACUUAUGGUAAUGGGAAUGUUAAAGCUAGUGAAGACAA